UUUAGCGGUCCAUAUUUAAUUUAAUUUAAUUUCUCGCUUUCCUCUUUUAAUUUUGUAAUUAAUAUUUUAACGAACCAAUCACUUCACUCAAUUCAAUUCAAUUUUUUUAAAAUCAUUAAUUAAACCAAAAGAAAGCAUGGAGGACGAGGAAGAAGGAUCAGAGAGGAGGAGGAGGAGGAGGGAGACGAUGAAAGAGCAGGAAAGAGAACGGCGUCGUAUUAGAGAUAGACAAAGACGACAAUCCAUGAGUCUGGACGAACGAGAAAAGCAUCUGGCUAGGCGUCGCCGUAAUUAUCAACUCCGUCGUCUUAGAGCUCAAACUUCUCUCUUCCACCACCACCUAACCGCCGCUACAAAUGUUGAAUGCAAUAAUAAUAAUAAUUAUGUCACUGCCGUUGAAUGCCAUAGUAAUGUCACUGUUGGAUUGGAAAUUCCAGCACAUAAAUUAGCUACAUUACCCACGAGAUUACGUUUAAAUCAUUUGAAACAUCUGGCCAGAUCAUUGGAUGAUAAUCAAACUGCUGCUGCUGAUUUUAUUAUUACAGCAAAUGAAAUUCAGAAUGCAAAUGCAGAUUCCACUUGUGUGACUCCACAAUCAGGCUUAAGAUUAAAUCGUGUUAAACAUCUUGCACGUUCGAUAAAUUCUGAUUUAGAAAAGUCUACACCAGAAAAUGGCGUGGAGCACAAGAAUCAGUUAAAUGGACUUCAGCUAUGCAGUCUAUCGCAAGCUUUUGAUCAGCCAUAUCUUGUUAGAUGUGCGACUGCAAAUGAGUGAUCGUUUAUUUCGUAGAUGCACGUAUUUUCUCCUAAGUUGUUGACAGAUUAUAGAGGAAUGAAGCUCGCCAAUCUUCUCUUUGUUAUCUAUUUAUAUUAAUAUAAAUUUGAAGGACAUAUAAAGCAAAUUAUGAAAUCACAAUGACGCAUUGUGGGUAUUAAUAUACUGGACGAAUUGAGACUACACGGUAGUAGGAACGGCCAAAUGCUUGAGCUUGAUUUCACUUCUUCAAUAACUGGGGCUUUCAAUUUUGUCUUGUUAUUUCAUUUUCCUCUAGGUUCAAGGGCAUUCCAGUUGAAUGUCAUUUUUUGCAACUACACUCUAUGUAAUGGUAUCAAUCAGAAAAAUGCAUAAAUUUAAGAUGCAUUGGCUGUACAGAUUCUUUUUCGACGAGUAUGUAUUUAUUCAUCUUUCUAGCUGUUCUACUGA